GCGGAACGAGUCUCAAUGUCCUGGUGCCUUGUUGAUCUGUUAAACGUCAGAGUUGUUCUGUUCACCUUGUUCUGCCACUGCCACGUUUCUCCUCCCAACUUCCUGAUCUGUUAAGAGUUGGGGCAACUAGCCGUUAGUAUAUUUUUUCAUAUUUAGAUUUCCAUUUCUCUAUGUGAGAGCAAGGGCAAGCGCAAAAAUCGGUUGUCACACGACUUCUGGUGCACUUCCGCAAGGUCGUUGCGUAAGAGUAAGGAACGAGUGUACGCAUUGUUCCUUCCGUACUUACCCACAACUUUCGCAACCAUGCCCUUCACCACCACGACCUCGACCUCUACCACGAGCAAGCGGUUCGAACAGCGAACGCCGGGGGAUGUAGUUCGCAUCGAUCGGUACAAUGAGAUCAUCAAAAACCGAAAACCCCGCCCACCCCCGCCCUACGGCUUGUCCUGGCGGGAGGCGGACCGGUACCUGGCCAAGGAGCAGAAAAAGACCGAGCAGCUGCUCGCACUGGACGACGUCGACCAGCAAAGUUUGCGGGGCGUCAGCGGCGACGCGCGGAGCGGCGGUACCGCGGAAGCCGCGUUUCGUUGUCCGCCCGGUCAGGCGGGAGGACCGACUCCUGGGGCGCACGUGCGAAUACAGGUACUAGCGGAGUUGUUGCAUGGCUGCAGGUGCAGUCAGGUGAUUUGAAUUUUAUGAUGAAGUGGAGAUUGAAACUGUGCACCGAGAUAGGUAUCGGGUUUUUGUCAUGUUGAUGCAAUAAGAAUAAGCACGGAUGGCACUUCUUGCAUAGAGCUGUUUUCACUGUUGCUUGAAACGAAGGAGAAGUUUUGCAUGCCAAAAUGACCUCAGGAGCCGUCGCUUGAGGAGGAGAAGCGGCCAACACAGCGUUCAUGGGCGUCGAGGAAAAGCGAGAAGUACGAAUCAUGAUUUCUUCUCUCCUGUGUUGCAUUUUUUUUGCAGACGGGAACGGGAUGGUGCAUGAAAUUGCGUAAGAACGCGCUGCAACCUUUGUAAAAGCUUUGAAUAAAUUCGUGUUCCAUAUCGCAGGUCCUCCGUCGGUUUCCGUGAUAGUUCGUUGGAUACAGACGGCAGCUUCGUUCCCAUAAUGGCAAGGAAACCGCUUUGGUAUGUGAAGCCAAAUCCUGGCCGGCAGGUAAUUCUCCGGGACGAUAUUCUUCCGUUGAAGCGCAGCGAACCGAAAUAUGGUAAGGUGUCGUCAAAAACAGCGAAACAGCAGGAAGCUGCCAAGAAGGAGGGGGAGGGCGGCGGGGGGAAACCAAAAUUGCUGAAGUCCGAGACUACCAUGGAGCUGGCACGUAAUAGUUGACUCCCUUGUGUUGAGCAGUGCGAUUGUUAAUUUACUUGGCCAUUUUUAUCAUGGUAUCGCUUAGGAGUUGCUUUUCAUCAUGUUCUUCGUGGAACAAAAAUGGAUAUUGUAAAACAGAAACGCUGGACACAAUCGAGCCCACCACGGCAGAGGAAAUUCCCGAGAAGGAACGGCGGUACCUGCUGCAGGGAUCCAGUUUCAAAAAUUUAGACGAGAAGCAGGAAUACAUCAAAAACAGCUCGCAGUUCGAGUCCCGACUCCAAAGUCUGCUCUCCAAGCGCGAAGAGCAGGCCAAGCGAGUGGCGGCGCGGUUCCAGGGCGACUUAAACGCAAUAUCGGACAGGUGGGCGUUGAAAGCGCCGCCGUUAGACAUCCGGUAUUUGAUGGAGGGAGACAUCACCUUGUAGACAAGGCGGGGCGCCGCAGCUUCUCCUGUGGCCAUUGCUUUGCGAAAUUGAAAUGAUGCGCACUUCUGAAUGUAAAAAAAAUCUUCCUUUGUAUGAUUUAGAGCUCGUAUAGUAAGCUUGUGGCCGUCGCCGUUCUUGCCCACCUGACCGUCGUCAUGUUUCACAGUACUUCUUGUUUUGGCUAUAGUUGCACUCGCGGCAACAAAUUCAAAUUGUACGACUUUGCUUGGCCGAUUGAGCUUGUGCUUGUUGAAAAGGUGCCUGUACGAUGCAGAUCCUCCCAAUGUACCGUUACAACACCACGCACGGUAAUACAACAGGAU